CCCUAACCCUAACCCUCGCCAUUCUCCAUCACCUCCGCCGCUGCAGCAAUGGGGCGUGUGAUCCGAGCUCAGCGUAAGGGUGCUGGCUCCGUUUUCCGCUCCCAUACGCACCAUCGCAAGGGCCCUGCUCGCUUCCGCAGCCUCGACUUCGGCGAGCGCAAUGGCUACCUCAAGGGCGUCAUUACCGAUAUCAUCCACGACCCCGGCCGUGGUGCUCCCCUCGCCCGCGUCACCUUCCGCCAUCCCUUCCGCUACAAGCACCAGAAGGAGCUCUUCAUCGCUGCCGAGGGUAUGUACACCGGCCAGUUCGUUUACUGCGGACGCAAGGCCACUCUUAUGGUUGGCAACGUUCUUCCUCUUCGAUCCAUCCCUGAGGGUGCUGUCGUUUGCAACGUUGAGCACCAUGUUGGGGAUCGCGGUGUUCUUGCUAGGGCUUCUGGGGAUUAUGCCAUUGUUAUCAGUCACAAUCCAGAUAACGGUACCACUAGGAUCAAGCUCCCAUCUGGUGCCAAGAAGAUUGUGCCAAGUGGAUGCCGAGCUAUGAUUGGGCAGGUUGCUGGUGGUGGUAGGACUGAAAAGCCCCUCCUCAAGGCUGGCAAUGCUUACCACAAGUUCCGUGUGAAGAGGAACUGCUGGCCAAAGGUCCGUGGUGUGGCCAUGAAUCCCGUUGAGCAUCCUCACGGAGGAGGAAACCACCAGCACAUUGGUCACGCAUCCACUGUCCGUCGUGAUGCCCCUCCUGGACAGAAGGUCGGUCUUAUUGCCGCAAGGAGAACCGGACGGCUCAGAGGACAAGCUGCUUCAGCUGCUGCCAAAGCAGAGAAGAGUGCUUAGAAAGAUGCUUUCUCUUUGUGUUUUUUAUUUUUUAUUAGGUGGAUUACAUUCUAUCUUCAAAGUUUUUGGUCGAACGGCGAUAAGUCAGAGCUACUUAGUAGUUCGAUGAUUUUAUCAAGAACCUCUGAUCUUUCUCUGAAUGUUUUUGAACUCCUUGUCAUACUUAUCUGUUUGCUUCAAGAUUUGCAUGGUGUUGCUUUUGUUAAUGAUUCCAGCCCUUGUUCCA